GACGAUCCUUGCAUCGCUACUUUACUCUGAUCCCAUCACUGUCUACUCGCAUCAGAUCUAUCCUUCUUUUGUAGGACACUGAACAGUGAGGUAAAGAGGUAAUGAUGUUGAGAACACCGUUGAGAGCGGCUGCUUCGAGCUCGAGGGCAGCUUUGAGACGUCCUUCAGCCGUGCACAGGAAUUUCAACCUCGUCAUCCGGUCUUCUCUACGAUUACCACGAAAUGUCUUGCCAUUGGAAUCUCGACUUGACACCCCUUUACUCCUUCGAUCAAAAUUCCAUUCCUCUUCUUUACUACGGGCGGAAACUGUCAAAGUACCACAAAUGGCGGAGAGUAUUACAGAAGGUACUUUGAAACAAUGGAGUAAAGCCGUUGGGGAUUUCGUCAAAGCCGAUGAAGAAGUAGCUACCAUAGAGACUGACAAGAUCGACGUCUCGGUCAACGCCCCCAUGUCAGGUAAAAUCACCGAACUGCUCGCUGAGGAAGAUUCUACCGUCACGGUCGGCCAGGAUCUGUUCAAGAUCGAACCUGGAGAAGGUGAUGCUUCCGAAUCACAACCAUCUGGAGCCGCUCGUUCCGAAUCCAAAUCUACCGAAGAGGGAAAUAAGGAAGAAGCUGCUCCUGAGUCAAAGAAAGAGAAAGAUGCGCCGGAGGACACACAUAAAAAACAAGAGGAGAAAGCACCCAAAUUAGAGAAAUCAUCCGAGGAGAAGCCUGCACCGAGGAAAGAAGAACCAAAACCUGCUUCCAAGAAAGACGAAAAGGUACCAAAGGAUAAAGAGGAGAAACCCGUGCCUAUCAAAUCCGUUGGCAGUCGUCAUGAGACCAGGGUGAAAAUGUCCCGAAUGAGACAAACCAUCGCGCAACGUCUUAAAGCAUCUCAAAACGCCGCUGCCUCCCUGACCACUUUCAAUGAAAUCGACAUGUCUUCACUCAUGGAUUUCCGCACUCUGUACAAGGAGGGAGUUUUGAAGAAUGAGGGCGUCAAACUCGGUUUCAUGUCUGCUUUCGCUCGUGCAUCAUGUUUGGCUUUAAAAGAGAUACAAGCGGCCAACGCCAGUAUUGAAGGUGAUGUCAUUGUCUAUCGUGACUACGUCGAUCUUAGUGUGGCGGUCGCUACGCCUAAAGGUUUGGUGACUCCUGUGGUACGAAAUGCGGAGGGUAUGGGACUGGUUGAGAUUGAAAAGGCUAUUGCGGAGUUAGGGAAGAAGGCUCGCGACAAUAAACUUGGUAUUGAAGACAUGUCCGGUGGGACGUUCACCAUCUCCAAUGGUGGUGUCUUUGGAUCUCUGUAUGGCACUCCUAUCAUCAACCUUCCCCAGGCCGCCGUACUCGGCAUGCAUUCCAUCAAGGAGAAACCUGUGGUCGUCAAUGGCCAAAUCGUCAUUCGACCAAUAAUGGUCGUGGCUUUGACAUAUGACCACCGUUUGCUUGAUGGAAGAGAAGCAGUCACUUUCUUGGUACGGAUCAAAGAAUAUAUCGAAGACCCUCGGAGAAUGUUGCUCCCUUCCCCUGUUUAGACCUUGGCAUGACAUUAUCAUCAAUUG